GAUCUGGUCAGCCAAUCGGCGGGGCGCUGGCCGCACGGUGCGCGCAGGCAGCGGGAGGUCGUCCUGCGGGUGACAGUCGCGGAGCUGCGAGUGACGGCCAUGGCGGCGGCGAUGGCAGCGACGACGGCGGAGCGGGCGGUGCUGGAGGAGGAGUUCCGCUGGCUGCUGCACGACGAGGUGCACGCCGUGCUCCGGCAGCUGCAAGACAUCCUCAAGGAGGCCUCGAUCCGCUUCACCCUCCCAGGCACGGGUGCCGAGGGGCCCACCAAGCAGGAGAACUUCAUCCUGGGCAGCUCGGGCACGGACCAGGUGAAGGGCGUGCUGACUCUGCAGGGGGACGCAUUGAGCCAGGCGGAUGUGAACCUAAAGAUGCCCCGGAACAACCAGCUGCUGCACUUUGCCUUCCGGGAGGACAAGCAGUGGAAGCUGCAGCAGAUCCAGGAUGCCCGGAAUCACGUGAGCCAAGCCAUGUAUCUCCUGAGCAGCCGGGAGGAGAGCUACCAGUUCCGCACGGGAGCCGAGGUCCUCAAGCUGAUGGACGCGGUGAUGCUGCAGCUGAGCAGGGCCCGCAAUCGCCUCACCACCCCGGCCACCCUCACCCUGCCUGAGAUUGCUGCCAGCGGCCUCACGCGGAUGUUCGCGCCCGCCCUGCCGGCCGACCUGCUGGUCAACGUGUACAUCAACCUCAACAAGCUCUGCCUCACCGUGUACCAGCUGCAGGCGCUGCAGCCCAACUCCACCAAGAACUUCCGGCCAACUGGAGGCGCUGUGCUGCACAGCCCCGGGGCCAUGUUCGAGUGGGGACCCCAGCGCCUGGAAGUGAGCCACGUGCACAAGGUGGAGUGCGUGGUCCCGUGGCUCAACGACGCCCUGGUCUUCUUCACCGUCUCCCUGCAGCUGUGCCAGCAGCUCAAGGACAAGAUCUCUGUCUUCUCCAGCUACUGGAGCUACCGGCCCUUCUGAGCGGACACCACACGAGCCGGAGCCGACCCCCUGGAAGCAGCGCCCGCCGCGCCUCGCCCCUGGGGCUGGCACUGGGCACUCUGUUUCCCUUUUUUGUUUUGUUUGAGGGGGUGACACCUGGCGGCACUCAAGGCCUGCACAGGGGUUGCUCCUGGGCGUGUGGGAUGGAACUGGCAUGAACCCGUAUUUAUUUCCCUCUGUCCCCACCUGCUGGCUCCUCCCGCAGGGGGCCGACCUGAAGGGCCCCAUGGACAACGGACCAUGGACCCGGUUUGCUCCUUCUUUGGGAUGGGGGGUCAGGAAGGUGGGGCCCAGGGAGGCCCACAUUCCAAGCCCUCCCUUCCGCGCGGGACCUUUGUCCUCAGGGUGCGGCUGGGUCCAGGGGGCCCCUUCCUCCCCGCCCACCCAGGAUGUGGCAGGGCCCCUGGACGGUGUGGGCGGGUGGUGCCCCGGGCUGUGAGCUGUGGGGGUGUGGUGGUGGCAAGGGCAGCGCCCGGUCCCUUGGCUGUGUCUGUUGACAGCUCCCCACCCUCCCUGCGUUCCUCCAGGAAAUAAAGCUCCCCAGCUGGCCCGGA